UAGUUUACCAGAAGUUUCACUCAAACAUAUGCUAAGUAUUUUUCUACAAGUAACUCUUUUUCCGUUCUUGGAUACAACUAGAUCUUAUUUGGCCGUUAAAACCGUUAAUCUCUUUUCCCGCGAAAAUUUGAAUCUUGGUUUUUCCGUUGAUUAGAUGUUUAGGAAGAAGAGUUGUUGAGAGUGAAAUAGGCCAUAAAAUUACUGAAUCUUUCUUUUAUCUGAUGAAGUAUAGCUUUCAUAAUGGAAAAACGCGAACCCUCUUUAGUACCUGAAUGGUUGAGAAGUUCAGGACAUGGUUCUGGUGUUGGGAGUUCAAAUCAGCUUUUAUCAUCUUCUAAUUCUCACUCAGAUUCUUCUUCGUUGUUACGUAAUAGCAAGAAUAGGAAUUCUAGGAGCAGAAGUGAUGUUGAUUCAGUUCGGUCUCCUUUUCUUGAUCGGUCUUCUUCCACCAAUACAAGGAGGGGAUCUAGUAAUGGGUCUACCAAACAUGCAUAUAGUAGUUUCAACUUCAAUAGGAGCAGCAGAGAUAAAGAUCGGAGCAGGGAGAAAGAUAGGUUGAGCUACAUGGAUCCAUGGGACCAUGACACUUCUCUGCCUUUUGGAACCAUCUUGAUUGGUGGGGGACAAGAGCCACUGAGACGAUCACAUUCAAUGACAACAAGGAAACAGGGCAACCAUCUGGCUCAAGGAUUUACAGUAGGAUAUAAAAAUGGUGGAAACAUUAAUACUUACAACGGACAUGGUAUACUUCCUGGAACUAGCCCUGCAAAGAGCUCCAAAAGAACAGGUUUCGAUAAGGAUUUUCCUUUGCUUAGAGCUGAAGAGAGAAAUGGAGGCCCAGACGUCGUAAGAAUAGCAUCUCCUGUUCUAAGUCCAACUGCUCAGAGCUUGUCAGUUGGUAAUCCAGCCUUGAUUGUUGGGGAAGGUUGGACAUCGGCUCUGGCAGAGGUUCCCAAUGUUAUUGAGAAGAGUGGUACUGGUUCCCAUUCUAAUGUUGGUAGUUCGGCUACCUUAACGGUACCAACUUGUCGUAACAUGGCUGAAGCAUUGGUGCAGGCUCCAGGAAGAACUCGUACACCACCCCAGGCACAAACACUUGAGGACCGAGCUAUUAGGCAGUCUAGGCAGUUGAUACCUGUUGUGCCUUCAGCACCAAAGGGCUCAGUUCAUAACUCUUCUGAUAAAUCCAAGACCAAACCAAUGUUUCGAAGUGGUGAAAUCGGUCUUGCUUCUUCAAGAAAUACCCAACAGCAUUCCUCUGUGAUGCUCGGUAAUCUGCAGUCUAAUCCUGGUAGUCAGAUCAAGCCUGAUACGACUAAGAAGCUGGUGAUUCUCAAACCUGCUAGGGAAAAUGGGGUAGUUGCUGGAGGUUCACCACCCAGCAGCCGAGCUGCCGCUAGCCAGCUGACCACUGCUCCAUCCACACAAUUUACUGCUUCUAGUAGGAAUGCAUUUUUCAGUACUUUGAAGCAGAAAACAUCUACAAACAUCUCAACUGAUCCAUCAAAAACCAGCUCUUGCAUCUUGUCUUCAGUGGAGGAAAAGGCAAACAGUUCUAAGGAGCUUGUAGCUAGUGACCCUUCAAGCCCACAGGCUGCAGAAAGAGAUGAAAUCAUGGAAAGUGUCGAGAAAGUUUCUGAUGUUGUAGAAAGGGUUAGCAGAUUUGAAUCGGCAGUCCGUCCAGAUCCAAAAGAGGCUGCGUUCCUUAAAUCCCUUGGGUGGGAUGAAAAUGACAGCGAAGAAUACACCCUCCCAAUGGAGGAGAUGAUCGAAUGGUGCAAGAAGUUCAAGCCAUCACUGCUGCAGAAGCUGCCUAUCAUAUAAGAAGCAACCGAGGACAUAGCUCCCGACUAGUGAUCAGAUU